AUGGUUUCCUGGUGCAUGGGGCCACUGCAAUUUUGUUCCUUCACUUUGAAAGGUGAGGACGGGACUGACUUAUCGUUGAAGUCUGGAAGCUCGGAGCGAGUGGCGUACAUCAUGGAACUGAAAUAUACAAAUAGCUUUAAGAUUGAUCUGCAAGUGGAUUUGGAUAUGACACGUUGCGUUUCCGUGCAGUUUCUGGAUUCGUUACUCACGCAAAGUAUUCGUUGUCCGCUGAGGUCUGUUUUUUUUUAA